AGCAUAUCUGAAGGAAUUUUGCGGCUGGCAUGCUAGACUCCGCGACAACGACCUAACCGAGCCCCGUGUCAUUUUAAGGCACAUUAAACCUCUCCUAUCAUAUAUAUUCAACAACUGUCAACGGUUGUAACAGAUAGAUAGGCAGAGGCUCAAGAACUACCUCUGUGAAGUACAACCAUCACGUUCUACAGGAGAUUACUCUCUCAUAGACUGAGUUAAAUGCCCGUGGACAGCCGAUUCAUUACAUCAUGGCAGAUGAUGAGGCAAUACCCGAUAGAGGUACUUUAACAUGGCGACCGCUGGAGGAUAUCGACAUCGAAGGUCAUAGGUCUGAUCCAUUUGGUGUCCAGAAUGGCCAGGCAGGCCACCACCACCAUCACCAUCACAAACAUGGAGGAAAACAUGGCAAACACAGAAAGAAACACAAAGAUAAGGAUGAUCUGGGUGAUCAACCAAGUUACAAGCCACCAACUACACCACCCUCAGAACGCGUCCAGUUUCUCCUUGGUUUAGAAGACACCCCAGAAAAUGAAACCCACGACUUGUUCUGUGAGAUGGACGAACUGUUCUCCACAGAUAUGGGAUACGAAUGGAAAGAGACGGGAAGGUGGAUUAAAUUUGAAGAGGAGUUGGAAGAGGGUGGUGAAAGGUGGUCAAAACCCCACGUGGCAGCACUGUCCUUACACUCUUUGUUUGAAGCCAGAAGCUGCUUGAUUAAUGGAACUGUUUUACUGGAUUGUACAGCAAACAAUCUGGUCUCACUAACAGGGAUCCUGUUAGACAUGAUGGUUGCCAAUAGGAACCUGAGCCCAGAGCACAAGGACCAGGUGAUGGAGGUCCUUCUUUGUAAACACCGUCACCUCCACGAUAAACACCGUGGACAGAGGUCUGGACUGCCCAUUGUCCGAACACUGGCGGAUAUCGGGAGAAAGCUGUCUUCUGCUAAAAACCUGCAGAAUGCAGAAGAUGCCGAGUUUGUUGAAAUUCACAAGAUGGUUCAAGGCGGUGUUCUAGAUCCAUCCAUGACUGGUAAUAAAAGUUUACCCAACUUUGAUCGCUACAUGAAUUCUGAGAAUGGCAGUGACAGCAACCAAGCUUCUGACUCUCAUUCCAAGUUCUCUAGAGUUCCAUUCAUGAAGAAGAUCCCCCAUGGAGCAGAAACGGCCAACAUCUUGGUUGGAGAGGUGGAUUUCCUGCCUUACUCCAUAUCGGCAUUCAUACGUCUUCAUGAUGCCAUAAUGUUAGCCGACUUUACUGAGGUUCCCGUACCAUCGAGGUUCAUAUUUGUCCUACUCGGCCCCAGUGGGACCUCCGCCAAAAACAAGCAGAUUGGGAGAUCCAUGGCCACUCUUAUGUCUGAUGAGGUGUUCCAUGAUGUAGCAUACAGAGCUAAGACUAGGCAAGACUUGCUUGCUGCUAUAGAUGAGUUUUUGGACCAGGUGACUGUGCUGCCACCUGGCGAGUGGGAUCCCUCCAUACGUAUUGAGCCACCUGGCAAAGUCCCAUCACAGGAAAGCAGAAAGACCACAGAAGUAGCUAACUGCCUCACCAAUGGGAACCUCCCCCAGGAAGAGGAACACGGAGAUCCAACUCUUGUCAGGACUGGAAGAUUCUUUGGAGGUUUACGAGAAGACAUCAAGCGUAAGAUCCCUUGGAUCUGGAGCGACAUAAAGGACGCAUUGCACAUACAGUGUGUUGCCUCCUUUAUAUUCCUGUACUUUGCCUGCCUAACUCCUAUUGUGACAUUUGGAGGCUUGCUCGGGGAUGCAACUCACAACUACAUGGCUGCCAUAGAAAGUAUCCUGGCUGGAGCCAUCUGUGGAAUCACAUAUCAUUUAUUCUCUGGUCAGCCGCUGACCAUUAUAGGCAGUACUGGACCAGUGCUGGUGUUUGAAACCAUAGUUUUUCAUUUCUGCGAAGACAACCACCUGCAUUACCUCAGUCUUCGCUUCUGGAUCGGCAUGUGGACAUGCUUGUUCUUAAUGGUUAUGGUGGCUUUCGACCUCAGUGCCUUAGUCCGCUAUAUCACACGGUUCACAGAGGAGAGCUUCGCCUCUCUCAUCUCCCUCAUUUUCAUCUACGAGGCAUUUGCGAAGUUGUUCAAAAUCCAGGACUCCAGUCCCGUGAAUCUGGACCCAGAGAUACCGCUGACGUACGAGUGUCACUGCGUCCACCCGAAUGCGACACUGAACUCAACCAACAUCACCGACCCCGCGAGUAUUCAGCACUCGAAAGAGGACAUUGUGUUCCUGUUUUAUGAUAGACAUGCCGAAGUGGAAGUGAUCGUUAAUGCAACCCACAAUGCAUCAUUUCCAUGGGCGUCUCUGAACAAGGCGGACUGUAAGCUGUAUGGUGGGACAUUGGUCGGGCCAGGUUGUGAUACAGUGGAAUAUGUGGCAGAUGUCUUCUUCUUCUCCAUCCUUCUGUUUUUUGGUACAUUUGUACUGGCAUAUGCACUCAAGGGGUUUAAGAUGAGCAGGUUCUGCCCUCUCAAGGUCCGUUCUGUGGUUAGCGACUUUGCUGUGUUUACUGCUAUUGUGGUCAUGUUGGUUGUGGAUAUUGUUAUUGGACUUCCAACACCGAAGCUGCAAGUGCCCGACACAUUUGUGCCAACCAGGGCAAAUGAUAGGGGGUGGGUUGUGAACCCACUGGGCAACCCAUGGUGGUGUAUCCCAGCAGCCAUCAUACCGGCUUUGCUGGCAACCAUCUUGAUAUUUAUGGAUCAGCAGAUUACAGCUGUCAUUGUAAACAGGAGAGAAAACAAACUAGUGAAAGGAGGUGGCUACCAUCUAGAUCUCUUCAUAAUAGCCUCAUUGAUAGCUGUCUGUUCCCUCCUGGGUCUGCCAUGGUUUGUGGCAGCAACAGUGCUUUCCAUUACUCAUGUACAAAGCUUGAAGAAAGAGUCAGAAUGUGCAGCACCUGGGGAGACACCCAAAUUUCUGGGAAUAAGAGAACAGAGAGUUACUGGUGUAGCAGUAUUCUUACUAAUUGGGGUGUCUGUGCUUCUCACAUCAGCGCUGAAGCAUCUCCCUCUGCCAAUUUUAUAUGGUGUGUUCCUGUACAUGGGAGUGUCUGCUCUUAAGGGAGUACAGUUUGUAGACCGUCUGUUGAUCAUCUUAAUGCCACCGAAGUACCAGCCGGACUACACCUUCCUGCGCCAUGUGCCUCUGAAGCGUGUUCACCUGUUCACAGCUAUCCAGCUGUUGUGUCUAAUCAUCCUGUGGGUUAUUAAGACCAUUAAAUCCAUUUCUAUCGCCUUCCCACUUAUGGUGCUGGCCAUGUGUUUUGUAAGAAAGGGAAUGGACUACCUGUUCAGUCAGGAGGAACUGAUGUGGCUGGACGAUGUCAUGCCUAACGCUCACAGGAAGGAGAAAGAAGAGCAAGAGGAGCUGAAGAAGAAAGAAGAGGAAAUGGAAAAUGAAGAGCGGGAACGCAGAGAGAGUAUAGUGAGUAACCCCCAGGUUAAAUUGACCAGGACAGGCACCCUAGAGGUCCCACUGACCAGUGGGAACAUCAUGAGAAUUCCCGCCAAUAAACUCAAUCAGCUCAACAUCUCUGAGGGGAUAGCCAAAUCUUCACUCUGGAAGACCAUUAAUGAGACCAGUCAGGUAGACAUGAAUAAGCACCAGAAAGCUGCAGAAAACCAGUCACCAACAACAAGACGUAGACUUAAUCCUGGUCCUCAAGAUAAAAGUUCCCACAGUCCCAAGCCCGGGGCCCGCGAGCACUCUCCCAUGCAUCUAGACAGUAUAAAAGAGGAGGGCGGAGGAGGCCAGGACAAGAAGCCAAAUGUUAAAUUUUUAAUCUUUGAUGAGGAGGGAGAUCCCUUAAUGACGGCAGAGCAGGAGGACACGGUAUAACACUUUUGUAAGGGGUGUACCAGGUUUUUAAAGAUGUGUAUAUUUGUGAUAUUGCAAGUCAUUAGGAGCUCUUCCUCAACACCAGGGAUUGAAUAUUUGACUAGUUAAGGCUACUUGAUGAAUAAACUGAUAAAUAGUCUUGUUGUUAUUUUUACAAAUAUUAUUAUUAUUACUAGUGCAUUGUUAUGGAUUUAUUAUUUCUUUUAAGAUGAUUACCAAUUUUGGUAUUUUAUGUAUUUAAGCAUAACAAAAAAUGCCUAGAGUACAGAGUACAUGGACUUUUUUGCAGUGAUGUUUUCAUCGCAAUAUAUUUACUUUUGUUAAUAUAAUAUUAUUACAUUAUAUUAAUAAAGAAAAAUGAACACACCACCAUACCUGCAAUAAAAAAUCCUUUUUUUUCCCCUAAUAACAUAGCAAGAAAAGCGUUAUGGCUUUCUGGUAGUGAAAUAAAGUGGCUUGUUUCACAAAAUCCUCAUGAAAACUGAGACAUUUUGAUUUACUCAAGAUGAACCAAAUUUGCCAGCAUAUCAAGUAAUAUGAUUAGAAUCAAGUUCCCAAUAUCCAUGUCUGUCUGCCUCGAGACUGCAUUUCCAAUAGCAGUAUGUGUUUCAAAUCAUAUCAAGUAUUGCCAUAGGUUGGUAACACAACAAGUAAUGAGGAUGUUGUGAAGUGUGCUAAAAAAAAUAAGUGAACUUGUACUCAUAGGUCAGGACUUUGUACUCUUUCAAAAAAAAAAAAAAAAAGUAACCCAUGUAUUCUUUUUAUUUACAUCACUUGAAAUGCAGCAAAUACUUGUAGUUGAGAUUUAUAUGUAUAUAGUUAUUAGGGAUGAAGCCAGCUCUGAAUCACCAAAUGUAAUUCAUCAGAACAUGAAGAUAAACAUCAAAUAUUUGAGUAAUUAUAUUAAAUGUGUGAUGAUAUAUUACUGUAUCACUGUUAUGUGCAGUGUAAUAUGCUUCAGUUUUUGUGCUAAUUCACUUUCAUUUGUUAUAGAAUAUCAGUCUUAGAGAGCUUUGAGGUCUUAAAUUGGGUUAGCAGUUUAUAUUAUUCAGAUAUUCAAAUGGUAUCUAAGGAAGUUUAUCAUUUUCUUUGCCCAAAAAAUGAGGAUGAAAGAAGAUAACUGAUUUACUUAAAAUGACAUCAAGAAUAUUGCAUUGCUUACUGCACAGGAUUGGGUUCUUCACUGAUGUUAUAUACUCUGUGCAUGCUUUUGCAAUUAACUUAUCUUCUUUCUUAAAAGGGGGGG